GGGCGCGCCGGGAACGCCCAGGAUGCAUGACUCUGUAUCUGUUGACUGAGGAUAAAUGGCCCCGGCUGCCGCGGGUGCGAUGCUACGCUUUCCGGACUUGCGAGAAGUCGGGUGGCACGCGGAGAUUGGGCCCGCGGUUCCUACUGUGGUGGCGCCGGGCUGACCACGAAGGACCCCGCUUUCCUGUUUCCGCCGCCGUCUCCAUCUACUACCCCGGACAGGUGAAUCUUAAAUACCUGUGUUUUGGACGCUGUGUUCACAAUGGAGUUUCCUGACUUGGGGAAGCACUGCUCAGAACCGACUUGCAGGCAACUGGUUCCUGGCUUCUCAGCAUGAGGACUCCAGUACAGGACAUGGGGUCUGCAUGCAGUUUAACAUCCACCUAAGGCCAGAUUUUUUGCCAAUAACAUGUGACGCAUGUAAAGAAGAUUUCUGUAAAGACCAUUUUUCCUAUUGGGGUCAUAAGUGUCCCUGUGCAUUCAAGAAGGAUGUGCAGGUGCCCGUGUGUCCCCUCUGCAAUGUCCCCAUCCCUGUGAAAAGAGGUGAGAUCCCAGAUGUGGUGGUUGGAGAGCACAUGGACAGAGAUUGCACCUUUCACCCUGGGAGGAACCAAAAGGUUUUCACACACCGAUGCUCGAAAGAGGGAUGCAAGAAGAAGGAGAUGCUGCCGCUGGCUUGUGCACAGUGCUAUGGCAACUUCUGCAUUCAGCACAGGCAUCCUCUGGACCACAGCUGCCAAACUGAGAGCAGCGCCACCAGCCGGGGGAGGCCUUCAGCAUCCAGAGCUCCUGAGCAGAAGCCAUCGGGAAUCAGCUGGUUGGCCCAGCAACUCAGGUGGACGGUGAAGUGAUGGCGAGGCUCCUGUCUGGGCCUCACACCAGCUCCUUCCUCUUGGGUUUUAACCUUGGUGAUGUGGCCUCCAGUGCUUUCCUGACUCUCCUGGUAGACUGAGUCUUCAUGGAAAAGUCUCCCAUUGACUGUUCAAGUUAGGGCAGGGAUGGCUCAGUGUGUUAAGUGCUUGCCUCACAAGAUGAGGACCUGGUUUAUUCCAGGGCCCAUGUUGUUUUUUGUUUUUGUUUUUGAGUGGGGCCGGGGGUUUCCAGACAGGGUUUCUUCUCUGUGUAGCUUUGCGCCUUUCCUGGAAAUCCCGAGUGCUGGGAUUAAAUGCCUGCACCACCA